AAAACUAAAAUCUGGUUCUUUGAAAAGAUUGACCAAAUUGAAAAAAUUUUAGCUAGACUAAGAACAAAAGAGAGAUAACUCAAAUAAAAUUAGAAACGGAAGAGGAGACAUUGCAAGUGAUACUACAGCAAUACAUAGGAGCAUAAGACACUACUAUGAACAAUUGUAUGCCAGCAAAUUACAUAACCUAGAAGAUAGGAUGCAUUUCUAGAAACACAGCCUUAGCAAGACUGAAUCCAGAAGAAAGAGAAAAAUAGACAAAUGAGUAAAUUGGGAGAUUUAUCAGUAAUCAGCCCAACACAACCCCCCAGGAACUGAUGGCUUUACAGGUGAAUUCUACCAAACAUUUAAAGAAACAUCAUUCCUCCACAAACUCUUCCAUAAUACCAAAGUGAAGGGCAUGUUUCUAAACUCGUUCUGUGGGGCCACUGUUACCCUCAUACCCAAACCAGAUAAGAAUACCACAAGAAGAGAAAACUAUAGGCCUAUAUCCCUGAUGCAAAAAUUCUCAACAAAAUAGCAAAUUAAAUUCAAGAACACCUGGACCAAAUUCGAUUUCUCUCUAGUAUGCAAGUUUCCUUUAACACACACACUUCAAUAAAUUUAAUAUAUCAAUAAAAUAAAAGAUAAUACCAUAAUUAUGUCACUAGACACACAAAAAUGCAACUCAUACAGCAUCCUUCAUGUUAUAAAGCCUUAAUAGAUUGAGUAUAGAAGGAAUACACCUCAACAUAGUAUGGACUAUAUAUGACAAGCCACAGCUAAUAUUAUAUUCAAUAGUGAAAAGUUGAAAGCUUUUUCUCUAAGAUAAGGAUCAAGACAUGAAUGCCCACUCUCACCAUUACUGUGGUACUAGAAGUCCUGGCUAGAACCAUUAGGCAAGACAAAGAAAGAAAAGGCAUCCAAAUCAGAAAGGCAAAAGUAAAAUGGUCACUAUGUGCAACUGAUAUGAUUUUAUGUAUAGAAAAUCCUGAAGAGUCAAUCAUAAAACUGUUCAAAUUAAUCAGAGUAACGUUUCAGGAUACAAAAUCUAUAUACAGAAAUCAGUUUCAUUAUUUUACAGUAAUAAUGAAACAUCUGAAAAAAAUAAAAAUAUCUUGUUCAGGGUAGCAUCAAAAAUAAAAACAUAAAAUCUAGAUAAUUUAGCCAGGGAAGUGAAAGACCUGUAUGAUGAAAAGUACAAGACUUUGCUGAAAGAAAUCAAAGAAGGCACAAACAAAUGGAAGUCACCUCAUGAUUGUGGAUUGGAAAAAUUAAUAUCAUAAAAUGCUCAUACCACCCAAAGCAAUCAAGAGAUUGAACUCAAUACUCAUUAAAAUACCAAAAUCAUUCACAAAUACAAAAGAAACAAUCCUAAAAUGUAUGUUUCAGUAGUUUAACUGUGAUAUGUGUGGCUUUUGUCCUAUUCAUGUUUAUCCUACUUGUUUGUCAAGCUUUAUGCAUGUGUAAAUUAAUAUUUUUCCUCAAAUAUGGGAAAUUCUUGACCAUACUUUCUUCAAAGAUUUUUUUCUGUCCUUUCCUUCUGUAUAUGUUCCUCUGUUGGAUAUGUUCUACAGGUCUCUGAGGUUAUGUUCACUUUUAUUCAUUUUUGGUGUUUCUGUUCUUUUUAUUCUUUGUAAUUCUCUUCACUACUGAUCUGUCUUCAUGUUCCAUGAUUCUUUCUUCUGUCGGAUCAAACUUGUUGAGAUCUAAGGACUCAAUAAAUGAACAUUGUUUUAUAGCUGUUAUUUUAUUUUUUUGCCAAGUCCAGCAUCUGGGUCCAUUCAGAGAUAGUUUUUACUAAUUGCCCUUUAUUCCCCUGAAUAUGUGUUACACUUUCUUGUUUUUUGACAUAUGGUACUUUUGUCAGAAACUGGAUAUUUUAGGUAAUAUACAUUCUCUAGAUUCCAAUCUUGUCCUAGAAGUGGUUGUUCUGCCUUUUUUUAGUGCCUGCCUUUUUUAGUGAUUUACUAGAACUAAUUAUGGAGUCUAUCCCCAACAGCAUACACACUUUCAUAUCACUACUCAAAUUUUUUAAAUUUUUGUGUUAUAGUUAAGACAAGGCCAAUAGAGCUUAGUAGUCAGGAAAUAUUAGGUCAGAGGUUGUGCUUAAACUCAAAACUGGGUAAUUUUCCCACUUUUCAGCCUUACAAGUUUGGCAAAGAACUAAAAUUUUCGAGAAUCAUAAGAAUCAGGGACCCCUGGGUGGCUGAGUUGCCUAAGUGUCCGACUUCGGCUCAGGUCAUGAUCUCACAGUCCGUGAGUUCGAGCCCGCGUUGGGCUCUGUGCUGACAGCUCAGAGCCUGGAGCCUGCUUCGGAUUCUGUGUCUGCCUCUCUCUCUGCCCCUCCUCUGCUCGCACUCUGUCUCUCUCUCAAAAGUAAAAUAAAAACAUAAAAAAAAAAUAAAAAAAAAAGAAUCGUAAGGAUCAGUUUGCUUUUCUCAAGUUUUUUAUUUUAGUGAAUCACAAUUAUUCCUUUCUAGCAAUUAACAACUUUGGCUUCAGGAAUGUGUUAUGUUUUAAUUUAGGAAAUACUGUGAGAAAAAGUUUGUCUUCAUAAUUACAGGGUCCAAUUUCUGUCACAUUAAAGACUUCUUUGUUUUUAAUUUAAAUUUUAGCUAGUUAACGUAAAGUGCAAUAUUGGUUUCAGGAGUAGAAUUCAGCGAUUCAUCCCCUUACAUACAACACCCAGUGCUCAUCAUAACAAGUGCCCUCCUUAAUACCCAUCAUUCAUAUAUCCCAUCUCCCACCCUUCUCCCUCCAUCCAUCUUAGUUUCUUCUCUAUUGUUGAAUCUCUAUGGUUUAAACAUUUUUUUAACAGUAAUGAUUACUCCAAUAAAAGGGAUUAAAUCGUUUCUUUGGAUCAAAGUUUUAUUUAAUGAAACGUGACAAUAGGACAGAUGAAACCAUGAAUUCCAAAGUUACUGAGAGUAGUUCUAAAUAAGAAACACAAUCUACUUUUCCCAAAUAAGGGUGAGAGGAUAUGUAUUAGGAAGGACUUGAGUCCAGUUCCAAAUCAGAUAGUGUGCAUGCAGUAACAUCAACAGAUGCCAAAGUUUGGUGAUUUAUCUUAGUAUAAAUGAGGAAUUGUUUGUUAUUCAGGAAGCACUAACAACAGAAGAGAAGCAGCAUCUAAGGUCAAUAACCCAAGUAUAUAUAGAGGGAGUUUGAAUAAAUCUUAGGUGUUUAUCCAGAGGCAGUUUGAAUAAACCUUAGAUGUUUAUCGUUUAGGACCAUUCUGUUCAGAAGACAAACUGGAUAGAGUGUGGAACCCCUGAAAAAGAGGACACAAAACAGUACCUGAACAGCCAACCCCAGGACCUGUCAUUCCCUCUGUGAUACCACAUCCCUAUGUGGUAUGAAGACCUCACCACUCACUCAACAGUUACAAAACUGAGGGGAAUAAUGGCAGGUAACAGAAAUAUGGAAGAUGCAGACUCAUUUUUAUUCAAAUUUAAAGGAUAUCAUUUUGGUCGUGAAGAACUUGAUAUUGGCUUUAUAGAAAAUUUAGAUGAUUUUGUAAUCAGAGAAAGCGAUGUCUUCAUUAUUACAUACCCCAAAUCUGGAACCAGCUGGUUUCAGCAGUUAUUAAGCUUGAUUUAUUUUGAAGAACAACGCAAAGGCAUUGGGAAUCUGGAAACAGUUGAUCUAGUCCCCUUCUUCGAGUACAACUUUCGAAAAAUGGAUUUUGUUGAAAGACCAUCUCCUCGUCUCUUUGCUACCCACCUCCCAUACUACUUGGUUCCAAGGGGGCUGAAGAACAAAAAAGCAAAGAUUAUUUACAUAUACAGAAACCCUAAGGACGUUAUGUGCUCAUAUUUCCACUUUUCAAAGAAUGUGACAUUGCAAGUUACAAGUUCCUUUGAGGAAUUUAUGGAACAAUUUCUAGAAGGAAAAGUGUUGGGAAGCCUUUGGUUUGACCACAUCAAAGGUUGGUAUGAGCACAAAAGCCUCUUCAACAUUCAGUUCUUGAUGUAUGAGGAGAUGAAGAAGGAUCUCAAAGGUUCUCUGUCAAAAGUCUGCAAGUUUUUGGGGAAAGAGCUGAGUGAGGAGGAAAUGGAUUCCAUUGUGAGACAGGCCACAUUUCAGAACAUGAAAUAUGACCCACGGGCAAAUUACAAGAAUAUAAUAAAGACCCGAUAUGGGUUAGAAGCUAAAGGUCAUUUCCUUCGCAAAGGUACCAUUGGAGACUGGAAAAAUCACAUGACUGUUGAGCAGAAUGAAAGGUUUGACAAGAUUUUCCAAAGGAAAAUGAAAGAUUUUCCCUUGAAGUUCAUCUGGGAUAUGAAUGAAGAAUAGAAUUUUAAGCAAUGCAAACUAUUUUAAGAAAGCACUUUCAGAAAUAAAUAUAUUGAAGUGUAUAAUUUCA